AUGCCUCACAAAGACCGCGAUAACGGUCCUGAGGUCGAAGACGAACAAAUUCCAUCCGAGAAGCUGCGUCACAGGUCUUCUAAAAGUGUUAGAGAUCCAAAUCGAAAGCACAAAUCAAGAUCGAGAACCCUAAAUCCCGAAACGGGAGAGUCUGUCAAGUCAUCUCAUCGUCGGAAGAAGGAUAAAAUAAAGGACGAGAAGAGCGAAGGAAUGUCGGAAGUGACAACUACUACAAUGGCGGAUGUUGUGCCUGAGCUCUCGAGGACUUCCUCUACGCCAGGUGCAUCAUCCUAUCCAACCUUCAACAAAAAUUACAGUAAGGAGGCAGUAAAUAGUUAUGUUUCUGAAAGGCCUUCAAAGUCGAAGACUACACCUUAUACACCAGAAGCUACAGAUAUCGACUCUGAGAAGCAUAGAUCGAAAUCUACAGAAAACCUAAGACGAGCAGCUUCCACAAAAGGCAGGCCACCGAGUCCACCAGAUACUGAAUUUACACACCGACAGAAAUCUACAUCUUCAAGGAUGAACAAGGUUCGAGAUGAGGGUUCGGAAAUGUCCUCCAGGCCCAGUUCCCGAAGUUCGGAACACCGAAAGUCAUCCAGGAAGGAAAAAGAAGACCGGUCCACGGUAUCUUCCAAAUCUAGACAAACAAAGGCUGGCACGCCACCCAUGCGAACAUCAAGUUCAAGAUCGUCAAGGACCGAGAGGUACGAUGAGGAUGACGACUCCAAUAUCACAUCGGUGGCAGGCAAACGUCAACCACAACCUACAUCUCGACGCAGGCCUACAAAUAUUGACACGGAUUCCUCCCCAGCGUCGGCACAGGAUUCUUCACCGAAAACUCCUACUCAGACUCCGCAAUUCCCCCCUAGUACGGCUGAUACAAAAUCUAUCCCAUCUCCUUAUAUGCAUUUUGAUGCAUCCUCUGUUAAAUCUAGUGUGUAUGGCUCUCCACGUCCUCCUCCACCACCCCCUCCCCCGAAUUUACCAUUAAACAUCCCUAGCGUUGAUUACCUCCUCCAGAAUGGUGGACUCGUUCGUCCAGUUCCCAAGACUCUACUCUCCACCUCGUCCCAUUCUUCUCCUCCCGCGGAAAUACAGAAGAUAUUUGGGCCAUACUUCAACAUCCUGGAUCAAUACGAGACAGUCCUCAACAAGAGUGGGUCACUUGCCGUUGCUACAGGAUAUCGCUCCGUUGCGAGAAGAUUGCUCGAUCGGUUGGAAAAUGUUUUUGCUAGAGAUCUAUCAUCUGAUGGUUGCUUGUGUGUUAUGUGCCAGGAUUUAGAUCUUGAUUCUCACGAAGGAAGUAGAGGUCUCUCAUGGGGAGAGGUUUUGGAAUGGGUUAGUGGUCGACGUGAACUUCCUGAAUGGCCUGCUUUCGACUUCUCAGCGCUCGGCUCGAAAUCGGUCGAUGAUCUAACUGGUCUUGGUAUAUCAGGUCAUCACAGGCCUGGAUCACCCAUCAAGAUUGAUCCUGAUGUUGCGGACGAAUUUCGCGAACACUAUCUACGACAAUCGAUAAAAACAAAAGCUUCGGUUGACAAAUGGCUCUCAAGUUGUCCUGAGACGACAUCUGCACCUCCUCAAGAGGUCGACGAUGAAACUCUUUCAUUUGCUAUACUGACCCAUCUCAACCAUCAUGAUCGACCUCUCUUUAACGCUUUGCUUGCUGGCUCUACUACACUACAACCCGUUACACGAGCACCAACUCCCAUGCGAAAGCCACGCUCGGAUUUUAUGAUAAAAACUGUACAGUCUAUGCAGAGAUUGUAUCGAUUACCACUUCCUCCUCGAGAUCCAGAAGUUGCUAUAUACUUGCUAAAGAACCCUCAUAUUCACAAUCUUCUCGCAACUAUAUCUGGCAUUGUACCAUCUGAGUGGGAAAUUUUGAUAUCUGGUCGAUUUGAUGGAUUCCUAUGGUCCGGAGCUGAUGGUGACUUUAUCGAUGACUUUCCCUCUCGUGGCCCCACGCCAAAUGGCUACCGAGGACCAUCACCUGUAAUGAGAAACCCGUCUCGUAACAACACGCCAUUUUCACCUCGGUCAGCAAGCUAUGGUUCUCGUGGCCCUACACCAUCUCAACAGUACAGACACCCAGUCUCGAACGAUGAAGAGAUGGAAAUUGCAGUCCUAGCUGAAAUUGAGCGUGAGAUAUAUGUAGGAAUGGAGGCUCUUGAAGAUGCAUUCGAAGGUUUACAUCGAAAAGCUGAGGCUGUUCGCAAAGCUCUUCGUGAACGUGGUGUCGGAUUGACAAUGGCAGCGGAGUCUAGACGAACAAGUCGCCCCGAGAUCAUCGUUGGUACUCCCGGUCCUUACUCAGCAGGUUUGGGACCAGGAUACGAGAGACCAAGUUGGGCCGAGGGGGGCAGCGAAUUUAUGAGUGAAGCUGAGUGGGAUGAAGAUGAAAUGCAGAGUGAGUUGGCACCAGAUGAUUCUGCGAGUAACAUCAGCAGUUCAAGACACAGACGACCCAAACGAAGAAAUGAAAGACGAACACCGGCAUUGGUUGAAGAGGAUGAAGAUGAAGGUUGA